CAUCGGACAUUGACACUGUUAUUACACAAACACCUAACAACUGUUUUCCUAAUAAAACACAACUACUUCAAAAAUAGAACACAACUAGACACGAAUCAUAGCAACAGAGUGAAGAAGAAGAACAAGCGAUGUCGUUAAACACAAUCCUCACUUGGAGCCUCGUCUUCUUUCUUUUCCUCACCGUCUCCGACCAAAAGCCCACCGCUUAUGACGCUGUCAAAAGCUACAAUUUACCACCAGGAAUCCUCCCAAAGGGCGUCGUUGACUACGAGCUUAACCCCAAAACCGGCGAUUUCAAAGUCUAUUUCAACGGCACGUGUGAUUUCUCCAUCCAGUCGUACCAGCUCAAGUACAAAUCAACUAUCUCCGGCGUUAUAUCCACCGGCCAAGUCAAGAAUCUGAAAGGCGUUAGCGUUAAGGUGCUUUUUUUCUGGGUCAAUAUUGUUGAGGUGUCUCUUGACGGCGGCGAUCUUGAUUUCUCCGUCGGGAUUGCGUCGGCGAGUUUCCCGGCGGUUGAUUUUGAGGAGAGUCCUCAGUGUGGAUGUGGGUUCGAUUGUAAUGGGCUUUUGUUUUCUUCUUGAAUCUAUUAGGCCUUAUGUUGUACCAAAUAAAAGGCCUUUUGUUUUUAGUAUGAGCCAUGGCGAUGAUUAAGUUUAUUAAAUAAAUAACUUAUAA